UGUCUGUGCCGUUCUUUUUACACACCCAUGGUCUGCGCUCCUCGUGACAUAGUCGCGUGUUCGAAACACAGCCUGCCUGCGGCUUCAAAUAAAUAGCUAGCUAGUGUUCGUUGUUAUUUCUUGUGUUUAGUUGCAUUCAACAAUUAACAUUUGACAUGUCACAUGUUCCGGUCAUGUGACCUGUCAACACGUCAGUUCAUCAUGGCGGCGGCUUCGUCGGUUUUCCACAGAGUCAGAACUGGCUCUAAAAUAGGUGCCCAAUAUGACCAAGAAGGAAACCUGAUUCAGGUGGAAACCCGAGAGGAUGAGGAGCAGAGCAUCAAGCUGGCGGAGAUCCUGGAGCUCCUGCUGGCAGCUGGAUACUUCCGGGCACGGAUUAAAGGCUUGUCCCCUUUCGAUAAGGUGGUAGGUGGUAUGACCUGGUGCAUCACCACUUGUAACUUUGACAUUGAUGUGGAUCUUCUUUUCCAAGAAAACUCAACAAUUGGCCAGAAAAUAUCCCUGACGGAGAAAAUUGUGUCGGUGCUCCCAAAGAUGAAGUGUCCUCAUUGCCUGGAGCCACAUCAAAUCCAAGGACUGGAUUUUAUCCACAUCUUUCCAGUAAUACAGUGGUUGGUGAAGCGAGCCAUUGAGACGCGGGAAGAGAUGGGCGACUCUGUGAGAGCGUACUCCAUCUGUCAGUUCCAGAAGAGCCACAGCCUGCCAGAGGAUGAGGAGUUCCUUCAGAGGAAAGACAAGGCUGUGAGUGCAGUUCUGAAAGUAUUGGAAGUGUACAAACCUCAGAGGAAGUACAGGCGGCAGAGGGAUGCAGGGGAGCUGCAGGAGGAGGAGUCCAGAGUCCACUCCACUCUGCUGGAAUACGGAAGGCGCUAUGGAUUCAGCAAACAGUCCAAACAAGACAUGGUGGAUGACAGGAAGGCCCCGCUGGCCCCUGGCUCUCAGGCAGCCCCCUCCGGGAUGGCAGAGGUGUCCGAGGAAGAGGACCUGCAGGCAGCAGAGGAGAUACGGAUCAACACCCUGAUGACCAGCAUGGCUGCCAUGGCUAAAGAAGAAGGGAAGCUAACAGCGAGUGCGGUGGGUCAGAUAGUGGGAAUGCAGUCUGAGGAGAUCAAACAGAUGGCCUCUGAGUACGCAGAGAAGCAGUCGGAGCUGACGUCAGAGGAGCGCUCGGAGCGCCACGGCCCGCUGCAGCAGCACCGCCGGGCCGUGGCCUCGCUCAACAAACAGAUCCAGCACCGGACCAAACAACUGGAGGAGCUGAAAGCCAAGCAUGCAGAGGUGAAAACAGGCUGUGACGAUGCCAAGAGAAAUCUGGUUGAGGCUACAGAGUGCUCUGAGAAACUGGACAGAGAGCUGAAGAGUUUGGCUGAGCUGGAGGAGCAGGCUGACAGCAGCUCUCUGGAGAAGCUCAGGGCUUUGGUGACGAUGAAUGAGAACCUGAAGCAGCAGGAGCAGGAGUUCCGCACACACUGCAGAGAAGAGAUGGCCCGUCUGCAGCAGAACAUAGGAGACUUGAAGAUGGCAUCAGGACAGGAUACAGACGAGGAGAAGGAGAGGAACCAGCUGAUAGACAAACAGUACAACACAGACAGAGAGAAACUACAGAAGAUCCGUCUGCUCAUGGCUCGCAGGAACCGUGAGAUCGCCAUCCUGCAGAGGAACAUCGAUGAGGUGCCGAGCCGGGCGGAGCUCACCCAGUACCAGAAGAGGUUCAUCGAACUCUACAGCCAGGUUUCUGCAACACAUAAAGAGACUAAGCAGUUCUUCACACUGUACAACACGCUGGACGACAAGAAGGUUUAUCUGGAGAAGGAGGUGAAUCUGCUGAAUUCUAUUCACGACAACUUCCACCAAGCCAUGUCGUCUUCAGCAGCCAAGGAGCAGUUCCUCCGACAGAUGGAGCAAAUAGUGGAGGGAAUCAAACAGAAUCGCAUCAAGAUGGAGAAGAAGAAGCAGGAAAACAAAAUGAGGAGAGAUCAGCUGAACGACGAGUACCUGGAGCUGCUUGACAAGCAGAGGCUUUACUUCAAAACAGUCAAGGACUUUAAAGAGGAGUGUCGGAAGAACGAGAUGCUGCUGUCCAAACUCCGAGCGAAAGGGGCUUCUUAGAGCUUGUUCCACUGGUUCUAAACCCAAACGUGUAAUCUACAUGACAUAAGUAUGAGAGCUGUUUGUCUCAUUUCUCUUCUUUAUUUCUGAUACAGUUGAAAGCCAACACUUAACCACUCACAUUCAAAAGCCUGUGCUAAUUCCAGCUGGCUGAAAAACACUAAUGACUUUUAUAGGUCAAAAGAAGCUCUAAAAUGUUUUGCAUAUUUGAUGUCCUUCAUCAAUCCUUCGUCCAAUGAUCACAAAUUACAAACCAAUUUAUGAGUAUCUUCUAAGCCCAUUCUUCUCAAAAGAAGGCGUUGAGUAUGUACAUGAACAAUAUGAAGGGGGCACAUAAUAAUCCCCACAAUGUGUUAGAUAUUAUUGCUCAUUGGGACUGUAACGCUAACUACACCUUUAUGGCUGCACUAGAUCCAUCCACCAUGACUUCAUGUGGGACUGCACUGUGCAACACACACUAGGUCUAGGUUCUUGCUGAUGUCAUCUUGUAGAAUGUUUGGAACUAAAGUCCUUAAAUGUUAUUAUAAGAUGUGAGGUUUCCUAGUGUAGCUUCAUCUUCUAAUCUGUUCUUAUGUGCCUCUGAAGUUUGCAGACUCCUCAUGUCUUAAUGGCCAUGUACAACAAGUAUUUAAUAAAUAAACAAAUCUUUCUAUUCAGGA